AUGAUUAACAUUCUGUUUGUUGGUUAUGGAGUAGAAGCAAAACAAUCAGCAGGAUAUUGUGCUAUGUAUGACAUCUGUGGAGCACGAAGCGACGGGAAAGUACUAAAUUGCCCUUUAAACAUACCUGCUGUGAAGCCUGAUGAUUUGUUAUCUUCCAAGAUUCAAAGCUUGUGUCCAACAAUCACUGGCAAUGUUUGUUGCACAGAGACUCAAUUUGAUACAUUACGUUCACAAGUUCAACAGGCUAUUCCCUUUAUUGUAGGUUGUCCAGCAUGUUUGAGGAACUUUCUGAAUCUUUUCUGUGAACUUACUUGUUCUCCGGAUCAGAGUUUGUUUAUCAAUGUCACUUCUACUACAAAGGUCAAGAAUAAUUCGACUGUAGAUGGGAUUCAGUACUAUAUAACUGAUGAUUUUGGAGCGGGGAUGUAUGAAUCCUGUAAAGAUGUGAAAUUUGGUAGCUCAAAUAGCCGUGCUUUAGACUUUCUCGGAGCCGGUGCAAAGAAUUUUAAGGAAUGGUUUGCAUUUAUUGGCCAGAAAGCGGGUGUCAAUUUGCCAGGCUCACCAUAUGGGAUCGCGUUUUUGCCAGCACCACCUGUAUCAUCUGGAAUGAUGCCUAUGAAUGUGUCUGCUUAUUCAUGUGGUGAUGAUACUCUUGGCUGUUCUUGUGGUGAUUGUCCUUCUGCAGCUACUUGCUCCAGUAAAGCGGAACUUCCUACUCAGAAAAAGCAUUCUUGUUCAAUCAAAAUUGGAUCACUUGAGGCGAAAUGUGUUGAUUUCAUACUAGCCAUUUCGUAUAUUUUAUUGGUUUCUCUGUUUCUCGGAGGGGGUUUACUUCACCGAGUAAGGGGUAAGAAGAACACCUCCCCGAUGAGACCAUUUUCAGAAGCUGGUGGAGAACGAAAUGCUAAUAAUCUGCAAAAACCCGACACUAUUCAUGCACAGAUGUUACAAAAUACACCACAGAGAAACUGGGCUCAGCUGUCGACAGUGCAAGGACACUUGGCCAAUUUUUACAGGAAGUAUGGGAUUUGGGUAGCAAGACACCCAACUCUUGUUUUGUGUUUGUCAAUCUCUAUAGUUCUUCUACUUUGUGUGGGCUUGAUCCGAUUCAAAGUGGAGACACGGCCUGAUAAGCUAUGGGUAGGACCAGGGAGCAGAGCUGCUGAAGAGAAACAAUUCUUUGACACCCAUCUUUCUCCUUUCUAUAGAAUUGAACAGCUAAUACUAGCAACAGUUCCAAAAUUUCCUCAUGAAAAGGCGCCUGAGAUUUUGACAGAUGACAAUAUUAAGUUACUUUUUGACAUACAAAAGAAGGUUGAUGGACUUCGGGCAAAUCACGCAGGUUCUAUGGUUUCUCUGACAGAUAUUUGCAUGAAACCCCUUGCAGAGGAUUGUGCCACACAGAGUGUUCUGCAGUAUUUCAAAAUGAAACCAGAAAAUUAUGAGGACUUUGGAGGCGUCGAUCAUGUUAAAUAUUGCUUUGAGCAUUUCACUUCGACAGAUUCAUGUUUGAGUGCAUUUAAGGGUCCCCUUGAUCCAACUACUGCACUGGGAGGUUUCGCAGGGAACAGUUUUAGUGAGGCUUCUGCUUUUCUUGUGACUUAUCCUGUGGACAAUGCUGUUAACAAUGAAGGCAACAAAACUGAGAAAGCAGUGGCAUGGGAGAAAGCCUUUAUCCAACUGGCCAAGGAUGAAUUGUUGCCAAUGGCUAAAGCAAAAAAUUUAACUCUUUCUUUCUCUUCGGAAAGUUCUAUUGAAGAAGAAUUGAAAAGAGAAAGCACCGCAGAUGUAAUAACUAUAGCGAUAAGUUAUCUUGUCAUGUUUGCCUAUAUAUCACUCACACUUGGGGAUGCACCUCGCUUAAAUUCCUUUUACAUUACCUCAAAGGUUUUGCUUGGUCUAUCUGGUGUGCUUCUUGUCAUGCUUUCUGUCCUUGGCUCUGUAGGAUUUUUCAGUGCUGUUGGGAUGAAAUCGACUCUAAUCAUAAUGGAAGUCAUACCUUUUCUCGUUUUAGCUGUCGGUGUUGAUAAUAUGUGCAUACUGGUUCAUGCUGUCAAGAGACAAGAGCAAGAGCUCCCUUUGGAAAGACGAAUAAGCAAUGCCCUUAUGGAAGUUGGACCAUCGAUUACUCUUGCAAGUUUAGCGGAAAUUUUAGCUUUUGCUGUUGGUGCUUUUAUUAAAAUGCCAGCUGUUCGAGUGUUCUCCAUGUUUGCUGCAUUGGCUGUCCUUUUGGACUUUCUUCUCCAGGUUACUGCUUUUGUUGCUUUGAUUGUUUUGGACUUCCAACGGACAGAGAAUAGGAGGGUUGAUUGCUUCCCAUGUAUCAAGACAUCACAAUCAUCAGAUAGUGGUGACAAAGGGAUUGGUCAGAGAAAAGCUGGCCUUUUGACUCGAUAUAUGAAGGAAAUUCAUGCACCCAUCCUCAGUCAUUGGGCAGUCAAAAUAUUGGUUAUUGCCUUCUUCUUUGGCUUAGCAAUGGCUGGAAUUGCAUUGUCCACUCGGAUUGAGCCUGGUUUGGAGCAACAAAUUGUUCUUCCUCAGGAUUCAUAUCUUCAGGGUUACUUCAACAAUAUAUCUACAUAUCUUCGUAUCGGUCCACCUUUAUACUUUGUUCUGAAAAAUUAUAACUACAGCUCAGAAUCAAGACAGACAAAUCAACUUUGUUCCAUUAACAAGUGUGAUCCUAACUCUCUUUUGAAUGAGAUUGCAAGAGCUUCUUUGACUCCAGAACUUAGCUACAUAGCUAAGCCAGCUGCUUCAUGGCUUGAUGACUUUCUUGUGUGGUUAUCUCCUGAGGCAUUUGGUUGUUGCCGAAAGUUUACAAAUGGUACCUUUUGCCCCCCUGAUGACCAGUGCUUCCGUCAUGCAGAUUUAAGUAGUGACCGCCCAUCCACAACCCAAUUCAAAGAGAAACUUCCUUGGUUCCUCAGUGCGCUUCCUUCCGCUGAUUGUGCUAAAGGUGGUCAUGGUGCUUAUUCUAGUAGUGUUGAUUUGCAAGGCUAUGAAAAUGGUAUCAUUCAAGCUUCAUCGUUCCGCACUUAUCAUACACCUCUUAACAAGCAGUCUCUAUUCUUGUGUUAG